AUGAAUCCGACCUUCGAUUAUAAUUAUGAUUAUAAUUAUGAUUAUAAUUAUACUUAUGAUUAUGGUUAUAAUGAUACUAAAUUAAUCGAGGCAAUAACUUUCCUCAAACCUGUGGACUAUAUUGCCUGUUGGAUCGUCAUCGUCAUCUGUCCUCCUUUGAUUGUACUGGCCAUCUACUAUCUGUAUUCUCUGGUACGUCAUGAUCACGUUGCUCCAAUCUACGUCAUCAACCUUCUCAUCUCUGACCUUAUUCAGCUCUGUUGCGUGGCCACAUGGUUGGGAAGGUUGGGAAAACCCAAUCGUGAUCCGGACUUCAUCACCUUCGUAAUUCACAUCAUUGGUCUAAUGGCCAGUGUCGGCUUCAUGGUCUGUAUUUCCCUGGAAAGAUAUUUGCUCAUCGCCUGGCCUCUUUGGUACCGCUUUAGACGGACCAUCAAGAGCUCAGUGGUGGUCUGUGUUGUGGUCUGGGUCUUAGCUUUGGUCAUUUCCUGUUUUGUCGGAAUCACUGGUAGAAAACUCAAUAAAUCCAUCGAACAUUACAAGCCCAUUGGAGUAUUCCUUCUCCUCCCCUUCCCCGUGCUCAUCUUCUCUGUGGUUGGGAUCUUUAAAGGUCUGUCUGCUGCCAUCUCUGUGUCCUCUGAGGAAAAACGACGAAUUGUUGGAGCUACAAUUCUGGUGUUGUUUAAUUACACACUGCUGUUCCUGCCUUACAUAAUCGUUAGUAUAACAGAAAAUUAUACUCUGAUUAGCCCUUUUGCAUUCAUCUUAUUCAAUCCUCUUGGAGACUUGGUUCUGUAUGUUUUCAUGAGAAAAGGGGUCAUAGACAAGAUUUUAGCUUCUCUGUGUUGUUGCAGGAUGGAAACACAGCAGCCGCAGACCAUUGCUGUAAAUGAUAAUAACAUGACAACAGUCAGCUCUGUGUAG